UCGAUUUGCGGCUACAUUCAAGGGGAAGUUAAUUGUUGAAGAAAUUGUUAUAUUUUAUUAUUAUUAACGGUUAAAGUAGUAUGUGUAGAAAAUAGCUAAUAAAUAACAAAUAGAUCAAGUUUUUCUUACCAAUUUCGUUAAUAAACAAGAAAAAGAUGGGUGUUGACAAAGCUGCUCCUCCUGCAGUCGAAGGAAACGCGCCUUCCAAGAAAGCCUUAAAAAAAUCAAUGAAAGAAGCAGAAAAAGCAGCCAAAAAAGCAGAACAUGCUGCAAAACGCGCGGAACAGGAACCGGAAUCGGUUACAAAUGAAGAAGACGUAUCAAAGGAGCGUUAUGGACUUUUAAAAAUGAUUCAAAGCGAGGAUGCACACUUGGAAAGGAAAUAUGUUGACAUUAAGGAAUUAAAUUCUAAUCGUGUGGAUCAAUUACUUUGGUUGCGUGGUCGUUUACACACGAGUCGAGCCAAAGGAAAACAAUGUUUCAUUGUUAUAAGGCAACAAUCAUAUACCGUUCAGGGUCUUAUAGCCGUUAACGAGAGGAUUAGCAAACAAAUGAUUAAAUUCAUCUCAAACAUCACGAAGGAAUCGAUAAUCGAUGUAGAGGCGCGUGUCGUUAAUGUACCAACGAAAAUUGAAUCCUGCUCGCAGAAAGACUGCGAGGUUCAUAUUGAGCAAAUUUUCGUUGUGAGCGCCGCUGAACCUCAACUUCCGCUACAAAUUGAGGAUGCAGCGAGACCCGAGGGCGAUGAAUCGGGACCCACCAUCAAGGUCAAUCAGGACACGAGGCUUGAUAAUCGUGUUCUCGAUCUAAGAACUCCGGCAAAUCAGGCAAUCUUCAGGGUUGAGGCCGGUGUCUGUAAACUCUUCCGUGACAUUCUCGACAGCAAAGGUUUCGUGGAGAUUCACACACCGAAAAUGAUUUCAGCGGCAAGUGAAGGCGGUGCGAAUGUCUUCACUGUCUCGUACUUUAAGGGCUCCGCGUAUUUGGCGCAAUCACCACAACUCUACAAGCAAAUGGCAAUUGCUGCCGAUUUCGAUCGUGUUUACACGGUUGGCGCAGUUUUCAGAGCCGAAGAUUCGAAUACGCAUCGACACUUGACGGAAUUUGUUGGUUUAGAUUUGGAAAUGGCAUUUAAACAUCAUUAUCAUGAAGUUGUUGAAGUAAUUGGACAAAUGUUUACUGAUCUAUUUCGGGGACUUCGUGACAAUUACGCAGACGAAAUUGCGGCAGUCAAUCAACAAUAUAAAGUGGAGCCAUUCAAGUUUUUGGAUCCACCUUUGAAACUCGAGUUUCCAGAGGCGGUUAAACUUCUAGCCGAAGCUGGAGUUACGAUUGGCGAUGAGGACGAUUUAUCGACCCCUGAUGAGAAGCUUCUCGGAAAACUCGUCAAAGCUAAAUACGACACAGACUUUUACAUGUUGGAUAAAUAUCCACUUGCCGUGCGGCCAUUCUAUACAAUGCCAGACCCAAAUAAUCCGAAAUAUUCCAAUUCAUACGAUAUGUUUAUGAGAGGUGAGGAAAUAAUUUCCGGAGCUCAAAGAAUUCACGAUGCACAAUAUUUAACCGAGAGGGCAAAGCAUCACGGAAUUGAUAUCGAGAAAAUAAAAGCCUAUAUUGAUUCAUUCCGCUAUGGAUGUCCUCCACACGCUGGAGGUGGAAUUGGAAUGGAACGUGUCGUAAUGUUGUAUCUUGGAUUAGACAACAUUAGAAAAGUUUCAAUGUUCCCACGUGAUCCAAAACGUCUCACGCCAUAAGAAUUCAUUUUAUUCAUAUAGAGAAAAAAGCAACAAAAAAAAUAUAUAAAUAAAUUGAACAGAAUUUAUAAUUUUUUGAAUAAAUAAAGUUCAAUGUCUUGAAAGAAGAA